AUGGGCAGGAUUUUAGGAACACCCGGCCAUGGCCUUGGCAGUGAGAAAGCUCCUCUCUUGAACAGACAAGCUGGGAGAAAGGUGUAUGAUUCAGUGGAGAAUGGUCAGCUAACUGACCUUGAUGAGCAUGGAGAUAGAGUGCUGGCGCCAAAUGUAGGAUUUUGCCGAGUGAUUUCGCUAGCCAAACCUGAGGCGGGGAAGUUGAUUCUCGCAACACUGGCACUCUUGCUUGCAUCGACGUCUGGUAUAUUGAUUAGAAAAUUUGGGGGGACGAUUAUCGAUAUUGUUUCAAGGGAUAUCCAAACAGAUGGACAAAAAUCUGAAGCUUUAGGAGAUGUAAGAAAGACCAUAUUAGAAAUAUUUUUUAUUGCCAUAGUUGGUUCUAUCUGCACGGCGCUUCGUGUAUGGUUGUUCUCUUCUGCUAGUCAAAGGGUCGUGGCUCGCUUGAGAAAGGACUUGUUCAGCCACCUUAUUUACCAAGAGAUAGCCUUCUUUGAUGUUGCUCAAACUGGGGAGCUCCUUAGUAGGCUCUCUGAAGAUACCCAGAUCAUAAGGAGUGCAGCCACGACUGAUCUUUCAGGGGCUCUCAAGAAUCUUUCUACUGCUUUUAUUGGUGUAGGAUUCAUGUUUACAACAUCAUGGGAAUUAACAUUGUUGGGGUUAGUAGUUGUUCCAGCCAUAUCAAUUGCUAUGCGCAGAUUUGGGCUGUAUAUGCGUGAGCUUUCCCACAAGACUCAAGCAGCUGCAGCAGUAGCCUCAUCAGUUGCUGAGGUUAGUUGCUCCACUGAUAUUGGUACUACUAUUCCACCUGGAUUUGGAAUAAAAGAAGCUUUUGGCGCAAUACGCACAAUCAGAUCUUUUGCACAAGAAGAUUAUGAGAUAUCGCGGUAUGCAGAGAAAGUGGACAAUACUUUGAGUCUUGGACUUACUCGUGCUAAAAUAGUUGGUCUUUUCUAUGGAAGCCUAAGUGCAGCAGCAAGGCUACCGGCUAUGCUUGUAGUUCUUUAUGGAGCUACUUUGAGAAUUCAUGGCUCAAUCACAGCUGGGGCUCUGACAUCUUUCAUUCUUUAUAGCCUAACAGUUCAAUCUUCAGUGUCCGGGCUAUCUGGAUCAUACACUGUGGCGAUGAAAGCUGCAGGGGCAAGUAGGCGAGUUUUCCAGCUCUUGGAUCGCGUCUCAUCUAUGCCAAAAUCGGGAAACAAAUGCCCUUUGGGAGACGAAGAUGCAGAUGUAGAAUUAGACGACGUCUGGUUUGCCUAUCCAUCGCGUCCCAACCAUAUGGUCCUCAAGGGUAUUACACUGAAACUGCAACCUCGCUCAAAGGUUGCCCUGGUCGGUCCAAGUGGCGGUGGCAAGAGGAUGCAACACGUUUCUUUUGCUGCAGACUACCAUAGCGAACUUGAUUGA